UACACAUGCGCGAAGAGGGGGAUUAUCUGAUAACACUGACCCAACUAUGCUUUCUUCUUAUUAGUCUGUUGAAAAUUGAGAGGUUAUGAUUAAAUUCAACUUUCAAUUUUCUUCAGGAUGUCUUCUAAAUCGAGAAAAAGUUUAUCAGCAUGGUCGCAAUGCGACAAAUGUCAAAGCAUUUUGACACAAAUAGGUUUACCAUUGCAUGAAAAGGAUUGUCCACCUUGCACGGAAAAUACAGAAAGAGAAUAUUCUUUUAUUCGUGAUGGAGUUUUGUACAGUACUGUACAACUUUAUCAACCCCAAGAAUUACCUAAAAAUAUAUCUGAAAAGGCAUCGAAUGAUAUGGUGUUUAUAUCAAUAUCUGCUAUGCAAUUAUGCAAUAUUGCAAUUGGUGAUACAGUUAUUAUUGAGAUUAACAAUGUCAAGAUUGUUAAGACAGCUUUCCCAACAAAUGACACGAAUUUAACAAGUGUCUCUUUAACUAAACAAGUUGUUGACUUAGAUAAUCUAAAUGGACCAAUGAAAGUAUAUUUGUUGGAAGAUGAUGUUCAUAUCGCUAAGGAGAUUAUACUCAAACAACUGAGUAAACGUUUGAUAUGUGAAAAUAUAGCUGUAGAAGUUGAUAUUAUUCUGAAAUGUUUCAAUGAGCAUAAAAUAUUCACUCUUGGUAACAAAAUAAUAAUACCAUUUUAUGGGAAAAAGUUAAUAUAUGAGAUUGUACAAAUUAAAACAGAAGAUGGAAAAGAAGUACAGAUCAAAGCAACCGAUGAAAAUGAUCUGUCGAUAGCUUUAGAGAGGAUAAAUCUGGAAACUAAAUCCUCAACAAUAGCUUAUUUUAAAGCGCUAUAUUCAACCAAAUAUAUGAUACUUCCAAAGAAGAACGAUAAAGGUGAAGAAAGUGUUUCAAAGAAAGCAUAUAAAAUAGAAGAUAUAGGAGGAUACGACGCCCUUAUAUCCGAUAUAAAAGAUGUAGUACAAAUAGGUAUUGGUAAAUACAAAAGCGUGAAAAAUUUCGGUGCCAACAAAGGAGUAUUAUUACAUGGUCCCGCUGGUGUUGGCAAAUCCCUAAUAGCUAACGCCAUAAUAUCAGAAUGUAAUGCGAAGACAUUCAUUGUUUACAGUUCGGAUAUCUACAGCAAGUCUAUUGGCGAAAUGGAAAACAGACUCAAAGAGAUUUGUAGCAAAGCAAUGUCGGCCGCCCCCAGCAUAAUACUAUUAGAAGACUUGGACAGUUUAUGUCCCAUGAAAAACAGCAACACUACGGAUCACGAGAGAAGAAUUCUUGCGCAGUUAACGACACUGUUCGACGAUCUACAUAGCACAAAGAGCGACGUAUUGGUAAUGGCUACAACUUCGAAACUAUAUUCCAUAGACGGUUCUCUAAGGAGGCCCGGCAGAAUAGACGUAGAAUUUGAAAUUUAUGUACCGACUCCGAACAUGCGGCUGGAAAUAUUGACGAAAUUAAUUUCGAAGAUUCCCAGUACGCUUUCGAGACAGGAUAUACAAGUCCUUUCGUUAAAUACUCAUGGCUUUGUUGGCGCGGAUUUACAUGGUUUGUGCUCCAAAGCGAUAUUCAAUGCGGUGAGACGCCAAGAGAAAAAUGCCCUUUCAGAGGAGAACUCUGAAGAGAAAGAAUGUGUACCUUUUGAUAUUGAGCCAAUAGUGACGAUGGAAGAUUUUAUUUGCGCUUUGACUACAACGAAACCAUCGGCUAUGAAGGAAGUUUUGGUGGAGGUACCAAAUGUAAGAUGGUCGGAUAUCGGCGGGCAGAAGGAUUUGAAACUAAAAUUGAAACAAGCUGUCGAAUGGCCGCUGAAGUUCCCCGAUGCAUUUAGGAAAAUGGGCAUCAUGCCUCCGAAAGGUGUUUUGAUGUACGGACCACCAGGAUGCUCGAAAACUAUGAUCGCGAAAGCUCUUGCCACUGAAAGCAAAGUGAAUUUCCUGAAUAUCAAGGGUCCGGAAUUGUUCUCGAAGUGGGUCGGCGAAUCUGAGAGGGCCGUGAGAGAAGUUUUCCGAAGGGCAAGGCAAGUAGCACCGUCUAUCGUGUUUAUCGACGAGAUAGAUGCAUUAGGAGGCGAGAGAAGCUCAUCCUCGGGCGGUAGCGGUAGCAAUGUACAGGAACGAGUACUGGCUCAAUUACUGAUCGAACUCGAUGGCAUUAUUGCUUUGGGAAGCGUUACGCUAGUAGCGGCUACUAAUCGACCGGAUAAAAUUGACAAGGCACUUCUCCGACCUGGACGAUUAGAUCGCAUUAUAUAUGUUGGUCUGCCGGACGAGGAGACCAGACAAGAAAUAUUCGGCAUAAAAUUGCAAAAGAUGCCGGUUGCAGAAGAGAUAAACGUUGCAGAUUUGGUUUGCUUGACGGAAGGCUACACCGGUGCAGAAAUUCACGCGAUAUGUCAUGAGGCUGCUAUGAAAGCACUGGAGGAAAAUAUUGACGCUGAAAUAGUUAAGAAAGAACAUUUCAGAGCCGCAUUGGCACUUGUUACUCCUAGGACGCCUGUCUCACUGAUCAAACUUUAUGAAGAUUAUAAAAAUAAUAUUUUAUGAUAGAAGGAGUAUGAAUGAAUGUAUUCUUAUUGUCUAACAAUAAAAGUAUUAAAAAUGUG